AUGACGAAGAAGAAGCAGCUCGAUGACGUGGAGGCGGAGAAAGCGGAAGCGAUGAGGAGAUACAACAACCAGAAACGUCUCAGGAACAUCGUACGAGCAGCCGCCCUAUCUUUCUUCUGCUACUUGUGGUUUCCCACGCUACAAGCUGCCUGCGAUUGGUUUAACCGAACCGGACCGGUUAUUAAUUUAACCAAUCGCGCGCUCGUUUUCUUCUUCGUUAACGUACUCAUCGGUUCCAUCUUCCUUCUAUCUCGCGAUCACGGCGAGGAAGAUAGUGGGAGUGUUAGUAGCAACGAGCCAGAUCUAUACGAUCAGUACACCUCCUUCUCCGCCGUAACCGUAGCCGUAACCGCCUCCGAUGAUGAUGAUUCGAAAAAGAAAAUCGUUCCGACGUUUAUCACGGAGGUCCACGAGGAGGUGGUUGCGGAGAAGCAAAUCGUUUCGGCGGAGGAGGUGGUGGUUGUAGAGGCGGUUACAACGGAGAAUAAGGUUAUCCGGCCGGCGACGGAGUUUCGGAGGACUGAGUCGGCGAACUCGGCGAUCGAGAGGUUGAACAGCGAGGAGUUUCGUUUGAAGGUGGAGGCGUUUAUAAUGGAGAAGAAGAGAUGUCUUGUUCAGGAGGAAAACGACGUCGUUGGAUGGCGAGAAGAUGGUUCUUCUGGACUUGAGCUCGUUGGGGCUGACUCUAUCUAA